AUGCAGUCACUCAUCCUCAAGGCUCUUCUUCCUUGGUUCAUUUUGGGGCCCGUGCUUGCACAAUCUGCAGGGACAGAGGAAAGCCUUGUUCUGGAGCAAGCUCCUGAAGUCCUACGGCCCUACGUGUUGCGCAAGGGAUCUGGACAGGCUGUCUCGGUUGGCCAACAAGUCUAUCGGCUAUCUGUUACUGGAAACUCCUCAGCUGGGGCAUUUUCCCUCCUACAGACAAAUGCGCCUGACUCCAAACAUCUAGGCGUGCUGCCACACGUCCACAAACUGCACUUUGAGAACUUCUACUGCACCAAAGGGCGAUUCCAAGUUUGGACCAAAACCAACGACACUGAGCAAGCUCGAAUUCUCUACCAAGGCGACUAUGCCGCUGUCCCCCAGAACACGAUCCACACCUUUCAGAUCUUGGAUCCCGACUCCCAAGGCACGGGUGUCAUUUAUCCUGGCGGCUUUGAAAGACUUUUCCUCUCGGUUUCGGAGCAGCCGUAUCUCUCUUCUGCAGGUUCGCCCUAUACACCUGCUACAGCCGAAAAUAGCGCUGGCGAGCAACUAAAUCCAGACGCAAUCGCCACUUGGGCAACAUACGACGUACACGCUCAUUUGGAAUUCACACCCCGGCGUGACUUGGUGAAUGGAAGUGCAGGGGGCUCUGGCUACUGGCAUGAUGGCCCCAACUUUCUCGGUCCUGAUAGUAAAACCCCGAAUUUCAUCGCCAAAGGUUAUGGUCCGAAGUAUUUAAACACGGACGGUGGUGUUUAUCGCAUCAUUACUCCCUUUGCUACGAAGAACCAAACGGACGGCAAAUUCUCUCAGGGCACUGUAACGAUGAGCCCAAAACUAUCCAACCAGACGGCCAUUCACGCAAAUCUCAAGCAGCAUGUUGCUUUUCAACUGGAAGAAGGAUCUUUAGUCGUAAACGUUACUGGCUAUGAGACCUCAACUCUGAUAUAA